GGAAGCGCGCGCGCUCGGUGGAUCAGCAGCUCCAUCUGCACGCGGGAUGCUUUAGUUUAUUUCCCACAGAAAUAACGAUCGCUUGUUAUCUGAGGCGAACUGCCGGUGUCCUGACGCACGAACGGACGCGCGCGAGCUUAUCAGGAGGCGUCAAGUCCGAGAGUCGUUUAUUCUGAGGCGGAUUUCGCACUUGCUCGAACAGUUUUGCGGUGAUAUUAUUGUGCUCAGUGGAAGCAUGUGAAGCUGUUAUAUUCCAGGAAUGGAUCUUCAAAGGUGUCCGAAAACUACAGGUUUCCCCAGUGAAUAAACACUGCCAAACACUGCCAAAAUGGACACGAAAUGGACGUUUAUGCCCAAUUCCAACAUGUCCCUCCCUGACCGCCUGCUCAAUGAUAGUUUCUUCCCCGGAAACGAGUCUGACUUUGGUCUGGAGGUUUACCCUCACAAUAGCACCCACCAUGGAUUUGACCAAACCAGUUCUGUGGUCAUCACGUUCGUGUACUUCGUCGUCUGCGCGGUGGGGCUCUGUGGGAACGCCCUGGUCAUUUACGUCAUCCUCCGCUACGCCAAGAUGAAGACCGUCACGAACAUCUACAUUCUGAACCUGGCCGUGGCGGAUGUCCUGUGCAUGUUGAGCUUGCCUUUCAUCGCCAUUCAGCUCUCGCUGCUCCACUGGCCCUUUGGAUCGGCGAUAUGCCGCAUCGUCCUAACCGUGGACUCCAUGAACCAGUUCACCAGCAUCUUCUUUCUGACGGUCAUGAGCUUCGAUCGAUACUUGGCCGUGGUGCAUCCGAUCAAAUCCACCAAAUGGCGAAAGCCGCGCAUGGCCAAAACCAUCAGCCUGGCCAUGUGGGGCGUUUCUCUGCUGGUCAACCUACCGAUUAUGAUCUACAGCGGUGUGAACAUUAAAAAGAAUGAGGCAAGGACGUGUACCAUGUUGUGGCCGGAACCACAGAACACCUACUACACCGCUUUCAUCUUCUACACCUUCUUCAUGGGGUUUUUCUUUCCACUGAUAGUCAUCUCCAUGUGCUACCUGCUCAUCGUCAUAAAGGUGAAAUCCUCCGGCAUGCGAGUCGGCUCCACCAAACGAAAGCGCUCUGAGCGGAAAGUCACCCGUAUGGUGUCUAUCGUAGUGGUGGUGUUCGUCUUAUGCUGGCUACCUUUCUACGUAUUCAACGUGACCUCAGUGACCGGAACCGUUCCCACCACACCUGUGCUGAAGAGCACCUUUGACUUUGUGGUGGUGCUGGGUUACGCCAACAGCUGCGCCAACCCCAUCCUCUACGCCUUCUUGUCGGACAACUUCAAGAAGAGCUUCCAAAACGUCCUGUGUCUUAAACGAGUCGGGGGCUUGGACGAGAUUGAGCGCAGCGACAGUCGUCAGGACAGGACUCGAAUGGUCAACGACGUCAUGUCCGAAACGCACAACGCCGCGCUGCUCAACGGAGACCUUCAGACCAGCAUCUGAAUCUUAAAAUGUGCAUGAACUUGAUCUGACUUGUCUCAUGUAUUUAAGCGAUGAGCAAACGAAUGUUAUUUACUGUAAAUAACUCUGUUUGGUGUAACUGUCUGAAGAAAUUCUGAAGCUGUUGUGUUUCUUAUGUGUGUAUGUUCACUCCAGUGCCAAAAUUGUCUUUAAUGUUAAGAGAUUAGUCUACAGAUGGUACAAGAUCACGGCCCUCAUUAGAUAAACAUGAUUUCAUUCUCUUCAUGGAAACGCAAGGCCGAGCUUGUUAGAGGCUUCUUAUUAUUCAAGGCUUUUUGUGAUGAUGAAUACAAGAUGAGUGAGUGCAUGACAAGACCAAAUCUCUGAAUAUAAAACAUCUCCGAAAU